UGUCUUGUCACUAUGACCUGUGCCUGUCACCGUUACUGGAGUCGGUUGUUCAUCCAAGCUUUAACGGGUUUCGUCGCCUUCGUUUCUUGCAGUGUACGUGAGCGUUAAAGUGCAGAAGAGAAAACGGGAGGCAUGUGAAGUUACUGUCACUUUCACCAGAGAUGAAGAAUUCAGUUGAAGAUGAGUGCGCUGACUCGGGAGCGGAGACCGGAGGGUCUGACUACAGUCUUAUGUCAUCAGCAAGCAGUGAUUUGUCCAUGGGGGACCUACAAGAUCCUUUCCUAGUUUCUAUCCACAUCAUCACUGACCCCGGUCAGGCCAAAACGCUCCAGCAAGCCGCUGAUCAGGUCCUCUCCUGGCUCCACCCUGAUCUCACCCUCUUCAGGGUGUCAGAACGGGCAGGUGGUCUCUCUCGAAAACCCCAGGUCUGCCUGCAGCGCGUCACCGAACCACCAUCGCACCAGCCAGCCUUGGCUGUAAUCCUGUUUCUACAGGAUGAAUAUGGAGGUGAAGAGAGUCUUGAACGUCUCCACAAUCAGCUGAGAUGCCCACCGUGGCGAUACCACCACACAGAGCGGGUGAACGGGCGAGGCCUCUUACCAUUUUCUGGAGCCAGCCAGGACUUUGUUACACUUGCACCAGGCACACCACUAUGGGCGCUUCGCCAGGUGCACUACGGCAAAGAAAUUGUGCGCUUUACAGUCUAUUGCCGCUACGAGACCUACACCGAACAGGUGCGUCUGUACAGACUGCUCCUGCGCCGAAGGCUAGCCCAGAAGAAGGAGGAUUUCUGCUUCUGUGUAGUUUACUCCAACCCUGAAACAGAAAUCCAGCUGUCAUUCAAGCGGAUGCCCCAUGGCCAGAACCCCGUUCCCACUGAAAAUACUGUGAUGGAGAUCAGAGUGAGGGAUGUCGGUGAACUUGUGCCACUGCUGCCAUGUCCCUGCACGCCUAUCAGCGACGUCCGCUGGCAAACAAAUGAUUAUGACGGGAAUAAAAUAUUGCUACAGGUUCAAGGUUCACGGUAUUACCGCAAGCACACUAUUGCGAAGUUCUGUCACCUUCCUCCUGAUGAUCCUCCGUUUACUUCCCCUCCUCCACCCGAGCUGCCCCCUCCACCUCCUCCUCCAUACGGCCGCGGGCCCGCCUCCUAUCGAAAUCGCCGUUAUCACCGGAACUCAUCGCGUUCGCAGACCCAGACCCUUCCGUCUCCGGUCGCCUCCAGGACGCCCAUGCUGUGCGAUCAGGAAGGCCGCAUGGAGAGGCUCCAGAGGGAUGUGGAGCUCUUACGGGCCGGAUGGACAGGCCACCGCACACAAUCCCUCUUUUCUCUGCCUACAGACGAGUCCCGUUGCUCGUGUGCCUCUCAAUCAAGCUUCCGUCCUCGCUGCUUCUCUUCAAUGGCUGCUCCAAUUUUCCGUGUCAAUGUCGAUACGCUAGUGGGAGCCGAAGAGACGGAUGUGGACACGGGACAGACCAUCAGCGGCAGCUCUGUGGACCUAUCGGUGGUCUCGGGUUAUUCCCAUCCACAGCUGAGGCCCCAUUUAAAGGCCCCAGCACUGCGGCCCAAGUCUGCUCCUCCAACAGAUGGAGGUCUUGACUUUGCUGAUCUGACCUAUAAUAAUGCCUCCUCCAUAAGACAGACUCCUUUGCCGUCUAGAGCACAGAGCAUCUCUGCAAAAUCCACACCUUGUGUUGUACACAAACCACAGCCAAAGAAUGUGAAAGAUGUGUUGCAGGACAAAGGGCAGCAGAACAGCAAUGGCAUUGUGACAGUAGAUGAUUGUAGUCAAGAAGGCAUUGCGGUGGAAGAGCAAGAAUUUUAUAUCUGACACAUGCAGGACAAUCAUCUCAUCAGCAUGUAUGCGGGUCUUAAAGAGGGAAUUUUGAGGUCUACUAUAAUUGCAAGUAUUAAAAUGUGGAAAACCCUUAAACCGAUAUUCACCCAAAAAUGAAAAUUCUUUCAUGAUUAACUCGCUCUCAUAUUGUUCUAAACUCGUAAGACUUGUGUGAAACACAAAAUUAAGACAUUUUAAUGAAACCUGAGAUGGUUCAUUGAAAGUCCAGGUAAUCAAAGCUUCAGGUCAUAAAGGUGUUGACAAAUAAUUGCAGUUUAAUAAGUCUUGUGAAGAGGUAAGGUCACUUUAUAUGAGCAGAUUUAAUUAGGCAUUUAUUCACAUGAAAACACAUGGUAAACAUUUAAGCUCAAAUAUGUGCACACACAUGUGCAUUGACUUUCAAUGGAGGGACAGAAGCAUAGGUUUAAUUAAAAUAUAAAAAUUUGUGUUCCAAAACAGGUUUGGAACGACAAGAGGGUGGGUCAAGGAUGACAGAAUUUGUUUUGGUGAACUCUAUUUAAGCUUUUGUUCUAUAGUGCAUUUGUUUUAUUAGCAACAGGCCAUGCUUAAGAAUGUGCAUUCAUAAUGAAUGACUUUAAGACGGAAUCAAAUUGACUUGUGUUUGUUGUAUGUUGUGGUAUUCUGUAGUGUUUCAUAAUAGUUGUAAUAACAAAAGGGCUUCAUUGCUUAUGUCAGAGAGCUCAGUGAAGAAUAAAACUCUGCCACCUAGUGGUUGAACAUGGUAACUUCACAGGAGCUAGACACUUGCGUCAUGAGGCAGGUCUACAGUGGCCGAGAAGUGCAAAGCAAAUCACAAUUCUGAAAACAAAAUAACUAAUUACA